AUGGAAGACUUUGGGAGAAAGCCAAGGUCUAAAACCAAUUCAUUGUCUCAAAGAGAAUUAAAACAAGAAAGUAAAAGUUGGGAAGCUAUUCAACAAUCUAUUUUAAUGUAUCUAUUAAUUGAAAAUGGAUAUAUUGUUACUAUUGAUAGACCAGAUAAAUUUGCUCAUUUAUCUAAACAUUUCUUUGUUAUUUCAAGUAUUAAAAAAGGUAUUAAUGAAUUUAAAUUUUGUGAAGAGAUUGGAAGGCGUUGUCAAAAUAUGACAAAUCCUGCAAUUAGAGUUUGUCAACAAAAACAAUUAAAAAGACAUUUUGAUAAAAGCAAAUCUUCUUUAUGUGUUAAUUUACUUAUUGAAUUUGCACAAAGAUGUGGAUAUAAUUUCACAAUUCGUGGAACAAGAAGUUCUAUUUAUACUGUUAAAAUGCAAAAGUUUUGUGAAAUUUCUAAAAGUGGAAAAACACUUUAUAAUAAAGAAGAUAUCUUUCGAAUUGGUUCUAAAGUUAAUGAUGUUCUAAAAGAAUUAUGUGUUGAAGCAAAUGGUAAAGAAUGUGUUGAUAUUAGUUAUAGUGAUAUGAAAAAAAUUGAUGAAAAUGAAAAUUCUGUUACAACAGAUGAAAUUGUUUCUCGUUCCACAUCAAGAGGAGAGUUUAUGGAAAGAACAAUGUCAGCAUUUAAAAGAGUUGGGUUUGGAAGUAAUUAUGUGGUACUUUAUUAA